ACAUUGCGCCGCCGAUCGACCCACUGUGAAGUGACUGCGCCUGUCGCUGCUAUUUCUGUGAUAAAUUAUAGAAAUUCUAAGACAACCGAAACUUGUAGUAUGCGUUGAUUUAUCGAACGGAUUGGACGACAACGGCUAAGAAAAGGCAAACCAAAAUUCGCGGAAGGUGUAAUUGCAGAUGAAUGUGUGUGCGUGUGUUAUAGAAGUGAAGUGCAUAAAUGGGUGAAGUUCACAGUGGUCAUAAGCAAAAACAUGCAGAAUCAAUUGAAAAUGUUGUAAAUAGUGUAAAAACAACAAGCACCUGGGAAAAGCAUAGCCGAAAUUAGUUCAAAGUCAAUUUGUCGUUUGUGCGCGUGUGUUGGUGCAACGGAAAAUUUGUGCGCCGCGAAACCUGAUUGAUGAAUUGCAGUGAAAAGUGUAGGCUUUUCAAAAGCAUUACAAAACAUAUAGUGAAAAUAAAGGAGAAAGAAAUAUAUUUUAAAAAUUUCUCACCGUAAUAAAAAGUGCGAACGAAAAUUAAAAAAAAAAACACACAAAAUAAAAUAAAAGCAGCAAAGUAAAAGUAAAAACAAACAUCCAAGCAAAAGACAAGAGGAGAGAAAAAACUCACUCAAAUACUAAACAUUCUCUAACAGCGCAACGACCACCACCAGCUAAAAUGAGUCAAUCGUGUCUGCCAGUCAAUGCCAAAAUGUCGAAGGCGAAGAAAGUGUUGGAUGAAGCGCGUGAAACGCAGAACCGUGAGCUCGAUUUGGUCGACAAGGGCAUUAGCUCCUUCGAGGAGCUGCCGGGAUUGUUCAACAUGUCCUACAUCACGCGCCUCACACUGAGCCACAACAAGAUCACCAUGAUCAGCCCGGGUAUUGCCAACCUACUCAAUUUGGAAAUAUUGAAUUUAUCCAAUAACGGUUUGCGCGAGCUGCCCGUAUCGCUAUCGUCAAUGCCGAAAUUGCGCAUACUAAAUGUGUCGCUAAAUCGUUUGGACAGCCUGCCACGCGGUUUCGGCGCUUUCCCCGUGCUAGAGGUAUUGGACCUCUCCUACAACAAUCUCAAUGAAAAUGUUUUGCCGGGAAAUUUCUUUAUGAUCGAAACACUUCGCGCACUCUACUUGGGUGACAACGACUUCGAACACAUUCCCAAGGAGUUGGGCAAUUUGAAGAACCUGCAAAUACUCGGCUUGCGCGACAAUGAUCUGCUCGAUUUGCCGCGUGAAAUUGGCGAACUGACGCGUCUGCGCGAAUUGCAUAUUCAAAAUAAUCGGCUGCAGGUGCUGCCACCGGAAGUGGGUAAUCUGGAUUUGUUAGGCAGCAAAUCGGUGAUGAAGAUGGAGGAGAAUCCGUGGGUGGUGCCCAUACAGGAGCAAUAUCUGCUCGGUAUUAGUCACGUCAUCGAGUACAUAAAAACGGAAACAUACAAAAUUCUCUACAAUCGCCACAUAAAGAGCGAACGUGGCCCACCACCGCCAAAGGCCGAUAAGAGCAAGAAGGCGUCACGUGUACGCGCCUAAGCUGACUCAGCCGAAUUAUCGCUGCAUAAAUUUCGAAUUUGCCAGACCGUUGUGCCUUUGUGUGGAAAACAAAAUGAUUGAAACUAAUGUUUUUCAAGUGUAUUAACCAUAAAUGUUUUGUAAUUGUAUUUGCUGCCGGCACCAAAGUGCAUUCGCAUACAUACUGAUAUAAUUUUGUACUAAUAAUGUUAAGUAAAUGUUAAAUUAUUUCAAAACCUCUAAACAUAA